GUUGCGGGUCCCAGAACUGAGCUGUAGCGGCGGAGGAGCGGCAGCUGGGCGCUUACGGCGGGGACAAAGAUUGGGUCCUGCGUGGCAACCUUGGAUUCCAGAGCGUCUGUCCACAGCGUGACCGGGUGCGACCUCUGGGUCCAUCCCCACUGAGCACUUCUCCGAGUGUGGCCCUGAUGCUGGACAUGAGUGAGGCCCGCGCCCAGCCGCCCUGCAGCCCCUCAGGCACCGCUAGCUCCAUGUCACACGUGGAGGAUUCAGAUUCCGACGCGCCGCCGUCGCCCGAGGGAUCAGAGGGCCUGGGCCGCGCGGGGGGCGGUGGCCGAGGGGACACUGCUGAGGCGGCAGACGAACGCUUCCCAGCCUGCAUCCGUGAUGCCGUGUCACAGGUGCUUAAGGGCUAUGACUGGAGUCUGGUGCCUAUGCCGGUGCGCGGUGGCGGUGGCGGCACGCUCAAGGCCAAGCCACACGUGAAGCGGCCCAUGAAUGCCUUCAUGGUGUGGGCGCAGGCGGCGCGCCGCAAGCUGGCGGACCAGUACCCGCAUCUCCACAACGCAGAGCUCAGCAAGACCCUGGGCAAGCUGUGGCGCUUGCUGAGUGAAAGUGAGAAGCGCCCUUUCGUGGAGGAGGCUGAGAGGCUCCGUGUCCAACACAAGAAAGACCACCCAGAUUACAAAUACCAGCCACGACGAAGAAAGAGUGUUAAGGCUGGCCGGAGUGACUCGGACUCUGGCACGGAACUGGGCCACCACCCUGGUGGUCCCAUGUACAAAGCUGAUGCAGUCCUCAAUGACACACACCACCACAGCGACCACACAGGCCAGACCCAUGGGCCGCCCACCCCACCCACCACCCCCAAGACAGACCUGCAUCAGGCCAGCAGUGGAGGCAAGCAAGAGCUAAGGCUGGAAGGGCGCCGUCUGGUGGACAGCGGGCGCCAGAACAUUGACUUCAGCAAUGUGGACAUCUCCGAGCUCAGCAGUGAGGUUAUCAGUAACAUGGAUACCUUUGAUGUCCACGAGUUUGACCAGUACUUGCCCCUCAAUGGCCACUCAACCCUACCCACAGAGCCCAGCCAGGCCACUGCCUCUGGCUCCUAUGGGGGAACCUCCUAUUCCCAUUCCGGGGCAACUGGCAUAGGAGCAUCCCCUGUGUGGGCCCACAAGGGAGCUCCCUCGGCCUCAGCCUCGCCCACAGAGGCAGGACCCCUUCGGCCACAUAUCAAGACGGAGCAACUGAGUCCCACCCACUACAAUGACCAGUCACAUGGCUCACCUGGCCGUGCUGACUAUGGCUCCUACAGUGCCCAAGCCAGUGUCACCACGGCUGCCUCUGCCACGGCUGCCAGCUCCUUUGCCAGUGCACAGUGUGACUACACUGACCUGCAGUCUUCCAACUACUACAGCCCCUACCCUGGCUACCCACCCAGCCUCUACCAAUACCCUUACUUCCACUCAUCCCGCCGGCCCUAUGCCUCACCACUGCUCAAUGGGCUUUCCAUGCCACCUGCACACAGCCCCAGCAGCAACUGGGACCAGCCUGUGUACACUACCCUGACCCGACCAUGAGGCUGCUGCAUCCUGGAGGACUCAGUGUCCAUGAAGUAUAGCCAGGUCUUUGAGGUCUUCCAGAAGCGUACUCGGUAGAGGGUGGAGGCAGCCAGCACAGCCUCGCUCCGUCAAGUGCCUGCUGAAUCUGCAGGAAGCCAGGCUUUGUCACCCUGUGUCCCUUUGCCUCUGGAUAUCCAAACUUCUGCCAGGGGACAGAGCUCUCUCUUCCUCCUCUUCUGUCUCUGAGGUAACUGGUCAUUUCCAAAACAGCCAUUCUGUCUCUCUCCGGUUUGGAUGAGUGGGUACCAGCUCCUGGGUUUGCAUCUCAGUAGAAGAGAAGAUAGCUACAGCUAAGGACAAAGGA